UCGAUGCGCGUCCAGCGCGUGCCAGGCCGGGGCGGGGGUGCGGGCUGACUUUCUCCCUCACUAGGGACGCUCCGGCGCCCGAAAGGAAAGGGUGGCGCUGCGCUCCGGGGUGCAAGAGCCGACAGCGCCCGACCCCAACGGGCCGGCCCCACCAGCGCCGCUACCGCCCUGCUCCCGGGCAAGCGGGAUGGGCGGGAGUGGAGUGGCGGGUGGAGGGUGGAGACGUCCUGGCCCCCGCCCCGCGUGCACCCCCAGCGGAGGCCAAGCUCGCCGCCCGGCCCCGCGCAAGCCCUGCUGGGGACUCUCCUGCGGUCCAGGCUGCGCCCCGGGCUCCGCGCCAGCGGAUGAACACCGCCCGGCCGGGCGUGCCCCCGCGCCCCAAGCAUAAACCCCGGCGCGCUCGCGGCCCGGCACUCUUCUGGUCCCCACAGACUCAGAAAGAACCCACCAUGGUGCUGUCUCCUGCCGACAAGACCAACGUCAAGGAGAUCUUAGGCCCCUGGGUUAAGGCCCUCCCGUACGCUGGCGACCAUAUUGCGGAGGCCCUGGAGAGGAUGUUCCUGUCCUUCCCCACCACCAAGACCUACUUCCCGCACUUCGACCUGAGCCACGGCUCUGCCCAGGUGAAGGGCCACGGCAAGAAGGUGGCCAAGGCGCUGACCAACGCCGUGGAGCACCUGGACGACAUGCCCAACGCGCUGUCCGCCCUGAGCGACCUGCACGCGCACAAGCUUCGGGUGGACCCGGUCAACUUCAAGCUCCUAAACCACUGCCUGCUGGUGACCCUGGCCGCCAACUUCCCCUCCCAGUUCACCCCUGCGGUGCACGCUUCCGUCGACAAGUUCCUGGCUUCUGUGAGCACCGUGCUGACCUCCAAAUACCGUUAAUCUGGAGCCUCGGUGGCCAUGCUUCUUGCCCCUUGGGCCUCCCGCCAGGCCCUCCUCCCCUUCCUGCACCCGUACCCCCCUGGUCUUUGAAUGAAGUCUGAGUGGGCGGC